AUGGCUGACGCUUUCGCACCGCGCACGAUGAAGCGCAAGAACGUCAAGGGUCUUGCCCUGACGCCAGCAGCGCCACGACCUCCGCCACCGGCCGAAAAUGGCAGACGGCCCUCAGAGGUUAACAAAGACGAAGCCGGGAAGGAGGAGCAGCUGGAAAUUGGCAUCGAAUACAAGCUCGAUCUGAGACCAGAGGAACUUGAAGUCAUAAAAGAACUCGGAUCCGGCAAUGGCGGUACCGUUAGCAAAGUCAGGCAUCUGACGACGGGGACCGUGAUGGCUCGCAAGAUUAUACACGUUGAAGCCAAGAAGGAGAUGCGAAGGCGAAUUGUUCGAGAGCUUCAGAUUAUGCACGGAUGCCACUCCGACUACAUUGUUACAUUUUAUGGUGCCUUUUUGAAUCACAACAACGAUGUUAUCAUGUGUAUGGAGUAUAUGGAUGUUGGUGCGCUUGACAGAGUUUCGAGAGUCUUUGGCCCAAUUCGCGUGGAUGUUUUGGGCAAGAUUGCAGAGGCCACUCUGGGCGGUCUGACCUACCUCUACAUCAAGCACCACAUCAUGCACCGAGAUAUCAAGCCGUCAAAUAUUCUCAUCAACUCUCGCGGUUCCAUCAAACUGUGCGACUUUGGAGUGUCUGGAGAGCUGGUCAACUCCAUUGCCGAUACCUUUGUCGGCACAUCCACGUACAUGGCCCCUGAGCGAAUUCAGGGCGAGAAGUACACAGUCAAGUCGGACGUCUGGAGUUUUGGUUUGACUAUUAUGGAGCUUGCUAUUGGCAAAUUCCCCUUUGCAAGCGAGCACAUUGACGAAGAUGACUCGGGCCCCGCUGGAAUUUUGGAUCUGCUGCAGCAGAUUGUCAACGAGCCGGCUCCGAAGCUUCCCAAGAGCGACGCUUUCCCCAGCAUCCUGGAGGACAUGGUACAGAAGUGCCUGUUUAAAGAGCCGGAGAAGCGGCCUACCCCACAAGAAUUAUUUGAGCGUGAUCCUUUUGUGCAAGCUGCCAAGAGAACUCCGGUAGACCUUAAGGAGUGGGCAUUUAGCCUAAUGGAGAGGGACAACCGCAAGUCUCAUCUGGUACCCCAGCUUUCGCCCAGCGGCACCCACGAACUGCUUCGAUCAAGCGACUCAUCGCCACAGUCGCGAAAUGAGGAGCUGCCGCUCGACACACCCCAAUUCGGAGACAUCCCAAUUGCUGGAGCUGGGAUCCUCUCACCAAGAGAUCAGCUGGCUACGCAAAACCGAUCACCAUCGCGAAAUGGUGUUGAUGGCUCCCAUCACUCUUCCCCCAACACCUUCAACCUUCCAGUCCGACCAGCGCCACCAACAAGUGCUUUUGCGCAAGGAGGAUCGCAAAAAUCGGCGUCAGACGAGGCACGAGGUCAGAGCCGGAGGCAAGUCAAAACCUACGGGCUGCCCCCGAACCCUUCAUACGGCGUAUAG